AGUGGUUAAAUAAAAAUGUCAAUUAACGGAUAAAUGUCAAUAAUUUUUACUUCAACGUCAGGGCGAUUCAUGUAAAUCCACAAAAAUUUGUAAAGCGGCAUAAAUAUAGUAAAGUAAAUCACUUUCAAGCACGUCUAUAAUUUAGGGUGGAACCUCUGUCUAAAAAUGGUGAUUAGUUUCCUGGUGCGUGCUGGCAUUAUUGUUGGUGCUGUAUAUUACUCGAAGAAACAGGGAGUAUGGGGUAAUACAGAAGAAUCAGAGAAACUAUACAAUAAAUUGAAAGAUGGAUUACGGCCACAUGCCAAAGAACUAGAAAGGAAACUACCAUUUGAGAUUCCCGCCCUGCCUGAAUCUGGAGAGGCUCGCUUUUUAGCUAAACACUACUAUAACGAGAGUGUUAAAAACACGUUCCAUUUUAUUGAAAUGAUACCCUGUUACACCGGCCAAUUAAUGCACAAAGCUAAAACAGAAUUUGAAAAAUUUUCACAGGCUCCAGCCCCUAGCUCUGAUAAAUAAGGCGUUGCAAACAAAAAAACUAAAGUGGUUAUUUUCUAUCAUAAAUUUUAUGCUAAAAAAUUAAAAUUCUGUUGAGCUGAAAAUAUUUUGUUCAUAUGACUAACGAACACAUAAUACGUUAAAAUAAAAACAAUUCACAUUUCGACAAUGCGAAUAAAAUUUCAAAGUUAA